CCAAAACUGACCAGGAUGGGAGGGGCACGGAGUACCGAAGCCAGGGACUUGAAGCCCGGACUCCAGCCCAGCCUUGUGCCCACAGAUGGAGUCGCCUUAGGCCGGGCCCCUCUGGCCCCUCCCUACGCUGUGGUCCUCAUUUCCUGCUCUGGCCUAUUGGCUUUCAUCUUCCUCCUCCUCACCUGUUUGUGCUGCAAAAGGGGUGAUGUCGGUUUCAAGGAGUUUGAGAACCCUGAAGGGGAGGACUGCUCCGGGGAGUACACGCCCCCUGCGGAGGAGACCUCCUCCUCGCAGUCCCUGCCGGAUGUCUACAUCCUCCCGCUGGCGGAGGUCUCCCUGCCAAUGCCUGCCCCGCAGCCUUCGCACUCAGACAUGACCACCCCCCUGGGCCUUAGCCGACAGCACCUCAGCUACCUACAAGAGAUCGGGAGUGGCUGGUUUGGGAAGGUGAUCCUGGGAGAGAUCUUCUCCGACUACACCCCGGCGCAGGUGGUGGUGAAGGAGCUCCGGGCCAGCGCCGGGCCCCUGGAGCAGCGAAAGUUCAUCUCGGAAGCACAGCCGUACAGGAGCCUGCAGCACCCCAAUGUCCUCCAGUGCCUAGGCCUGUGUGUGGAGACGCUGCCUUUUCUGCUGAUUAUGGAGUUCUGCCAGCUGGGGGACCUGAAGCGGUACCUCCGGGCCCAGCGGCCCCCCGAGGGCCUGUCCCCUGAACUGCCCCCACGCGACCUUCGGACACUGCAGAGGAUGGGCCUGGAGAUCGCCCGGGGGCUGGCACACUUGCACUCGCACAACUACGUGCACAGCGACCUGGCCCUGCGUAACUGCCUGCUGACUUCUGACCUCACGGUGCGCAUCGGAGACUAUGGGCUGGCCCACAGCAACUACAAGGAGGAUUACUACCUGACCCCGGAGCGCCUGUGGAUCCCGCUGCGCUGGGCAGCGCCCGAGCUCCUCGGGGAACUGCACGGCACCUUCAUGGUGGUGGACCAGAGCCGCGAGAGCAACAUCUGGUCUUUGGGGGUGACGCUGUGGGAACUGUUUGAGUUUGGGGCACAGCCCUACCGCCACCUUUCAGACGAAGAGGUCCUUGCCUUUGUUGUCCGUCAGCAGCACGUCAAGCUGGCCCGGCCGAGACUCAAGCUGCCCUACGCAGACUACUGGUAUGACAUCCUGCAGUCCUGCUGGCGGCCCCCUGCCCAGCGCCCCUCGGCCUCUGAUCUCCAGCUGCAGCUCACCUACCUGCUCUCUGAGCGCCCACCCAGGCCCCCACCUCCACCACCCCCGCCCCGAGAUGCGGCGCCCCCAGCCCCCCAUGCCAACCCCUCCAACCCUUUCUACGAGGCGCUGUCCACACCCAGCGUGUUGCCGGUCAUCAGCGCCCGCAGCCCCUCGGUCAGCAGCGAGUACUACAUCCGCCUCGAGGAGCAUGGCUCUCCACCAGAGCCCCUCUUCCCCAACGACUGGGACCCCUUGGACCCAGGCAUGCCUGCUGCUCAAGCCCCCCAGGCCCCCUCCGAGGUCCCUCAGCUGGUGUCCGAGACCUGGGCCUCCCCCCUCUUCCCUGCGCCCCGGCCCUUCCCAGCCCAGUCCUCAGCAUCUGGCAGCUUCCUGCUGAGUGGCUGGGACCCCGAGGGCCGGGGCGCUGGGGAGACCCUGGCAGGAGACCCCGCCGAGGUUCUGGGGGAACGGGGAACUGCCCCGUGGGCCGAAGAGGAGGAGGAGGAGGAGGGCAGAAUUCUCUCCCAGUUCCCAGGUGGGGAGGCAGCCGAGGAGGAAGGGGUCCCUCGGCCUCGGGCUCCCCCCGAGCCACCCGACCCAGGAGCGCCCCGGCCACCCCCAGACCCGGGUCCCCGGGAGAAGCCAACCUUCGUAGUUCAAGUGAGCACCGAGCAGCUGCUGAUGUCCCUGCGAGAGGAUGUGACAAGGAACCUCCUAGGGGACAAGGGGGCGACACCCCGGGAAACAGGACUCAGGAAGGUGGGGAGAGGCCCCGGGAACAGAGAGAAAGUCCUGGGCGGCGGGAAGAAAGCCCCAAGCCUAAGCCUUCCCGUGAACGGGGUGACAGUGUUGGGGAACGGGCCCCAGAGAGCCCCGGACAUCGAGGAGAAGCCUGCAGAGAACGGGGGCCUGGGGUCCCCAGAGAGAGAAGUCAAAGUGCUGGCGAAUGGGGAGCUGACACCGCCAAGGAGGGAGGAGAAGGCUCUGGAGAAUGGGGAGCCGAGGUCCCCAGAGGCCGGGGAGAAGGUUCUGGCGAAUGGGGGGCCGAUACCCCCCGAGAUCGAGGAGACGGUCUCCGAGAAUGGGCUCCUGAGGUUCCCCAGGAACACGGAGAGGCCGACAGAGACUGGGCCUUGGAGAGCCCCAGGGCCCCGGGAGAAGACACCCGAGAGUGGGGAGCCAGUCCCCGAGACCCCGCCGGAGAGAGCCCCUGCGCCCAGCAAGGUGGCCUUGCCCCAGAACGGCUGGGAGACGGCCCCUGGUCCCCUUGGCCCAGCCCCCAAGACCGGGAUGCUGGACCCCGGGAUGGAGAGGAGAGCCCCCGAGGCUGGGAGGCUGGACCUCGGGAGGCCGGAGCCAGUGCCUCCGAGAGUCAGGCCGGAGGUGGCCCCCGAGGGAGAGCCUGGGGUCCCAGACAGCAGAGCCGUCGGAGACACGGCACCCAGCGGAGACGGGGGCCCCUCCAAGCCCGAGAGGAAGGGCCCCGAGAUGCCACGACUGUUCUUGGACUUGGGACCCCCACAGGGGAACAGCGAGCAGAUCAAAGGUGAGGAGGCCUGGGGAGGAGGGGGCCGGUGCCUUCUGGGGUGGGGUGGCAGUGGGGGUGCCAGUUCAGCAUGCCAAGGGUGACUGCAGACCCUGCGGCUGCACUGCCCAGGCACCAAUCCCAGCUCUCCCUUCCCCGCUCUGCAGUCUUGGGCAGAUGUGCUUGCUUCUCUGUGCCCCCGUUUCUCCCUCUGUGGCUCAGGCUGGCUGUGAGGGUUGAGUUAGGGCUCCCAGAUAUGUAGCCCAGGGCCCAAACCUCAGUCGGAGCUGCUGUUACUGAUGUGAUCCAUCUAGACCAGGCCUCCGGGAGUCAGACCCCAGAUGGUACCCGGAAAUGGUGCAGUGGCUCGAGGGACAUGGAGACUGGGGAGAAAGGGCCUUGUCUGCGGGGGCUGCCGCAUCCCAAGAAGACAUCCAGAGCUGCCAAGUUGGCUGCUUUUCCUUUUUAAAACCAGAGCUCUAGUCGCAACUAAUUCCAAAGGAGGAGGGUGGGCAGGGCUGCUGGCACGCGGUCUCCCCUUUAAAUUCCCCAGUGAGCCAGGGCGUCUGCCCGGCCUGCCACACUGCCAGCAGCAAGGUGCUGAGGGCCAGGAGGGUCAACAGCAUGGGAAGCGCUUUGCCACAGAGAAAUGGAGAGAGGGAUGGGCAGCCCUCUGCGGGAGGAAGCCUGACUUUCCUAAACAUCUGCGUGACAGUUACCAGUGCUGAUGACCUCCCAGCCACUCAGUUCCCACUGACCAGCAGGGCCUCAGGGCUGCAGCGGGGAAGUUUGUGACCAGCUCUGUCUGAAACGAUGCUGGGCAGCCUGGUGGUGUUAGCUGAUGAGCAGCCAGGAUAGCUCAGAAGCUUGGUCAGGUUGGGGCUACUGGGGAGAAGAGGCUGGGAAUGGCUUUUUUCCACCCGGCAAACUCCUAUUCAUCCUUCAAGACCUUACCCUACCCAAGUUCCCCCUUCCCUGGGAAGCCUGCCUGCUUUCUGAAGGCUGUCACCCUGUUCUCUCUGGGGACUGUGGGCACGCCUCUGCCCUCAUCAGUGAGGUGCAAAGCAGGGAAGGACUCAGCAAGGUGACUUCAGAGUGAAGUGAAGGAGAAGAGGUGUGAGCCAGGCAAGGCACCUGGGGCAGUGGUGUUGCAGGGAGAAGAAGCUGAGGUGGGCACUAGUUUGGCGUGUGCAGGGCACGGCCGCCCUUCUCCCUGCCCCCUCCCUUCAUCCCCACUGUCACCCCCCACAGGGCCUGGAAUCGCUGGCUCCUGUCCAUUUGCCAGUGAGAACAUAGACUCAGCGAGGGCGAGCGGGACGUGCUCGCCCAGGGACACAGCAAGGCGGGACAGGUUUGGGUUGGAAGCUAGCUGUCCUCCAGGGAACUGAGGUCCUUCGCUCUCUGCAGGCUGACACUGGAGAGCUGGGGCUGAGCAGGGCUCUGGAGAUGGUCAGAGGCCACAGCUUUGGCUCUAGAGGGCCAGCGAGGGGAAGCACUUGGCCAGGGUCACACGCAGCAGGGGACACCCCAUCACACCCACAGACCUGAGUGCUUCUGCAUGCUCAAGGGCGAGCCUGGGCUGGAGCCCUGUGCCUGCCCUGCUGGGAGAUCUCCAAGGGCUGGGAAGGCCCAGAACCCGAGGACCAGCAGGACUGAGUCAGAAAAGGGGCAUCGCAGAGGCUCCGAGGACAUGGCCGCACGAAGGCCAAGCCAAACUGAAGUGGGGGCAGGGACAGCGGUCAGCCAGGAGGGGCGGCCAGGCUGGUGGGCCGCCAGAGCCCGGGCUUCAGGCCCUGCGUCCUGGGGCGCGGUGGGGGGACGAAGCACCCACCCUGAAGG